GGUAACUAGGACGCCUUUUAGAAUGGACGUUAGUUUGCUGUCGCUCUAUUAUUACUGGUAAUAAUAUGUAAAUAAAUUGAAAAUUCGUUGUUUUUCAACUUCUUAAAGCUUUUGUACAAUUAGCAGAUAGGCCCUAUAGUUCUUUCGAUUAAUGAGAAAAUGUAUGAUAGAGCAGAGAGAGUUAUUGGUACCCUCUGCGGAAGUACCCCAGCAGUUGUAGGACCAGGAACAUAUGAUUCCAACAGACUACCACACACAAGAUUAAAUGCAGAUGGGUAUGCACCGUUUUUGUCUAUGACAUCACGAGAAACAUUUUUAAAUGUUAAUGAUCAAGUGGUAGCAGCACCCGGUCCAGGCCAUUAUGACCUGCAUGCUUCACAAAGUGUUGUCAAGGGUGGAUCAACUGUAGCUAAUAAAGGUAAAAGAUUUGAUGAUAUUUUAAAAGAAACACCUGGUCCAGGAAGUUACAAUGUACAUGCUUCAUCUGACUUUACUCUACAAUCUAAAUCAGCUCCAGCAGCUAGUAGAGAUCCUAAUACAUGUAGAAUAAAAUACCAUCGUAAACCUGAGGCACCAUCAAUACCCUGUCCUGGACAAGCUUAUGGUUAUGAAGAUUGUGAUGAUGGUAGUUUAAAAAAGCAGGAUGCACCAGAAAGAGAUGUUUCAAUAGGACCAGCAUUUUAUAAAUUAGAUCAUUCGGACACCAGAACAGUUAAGCAGUAUAAAGGUGUUCAUUUUGGGAAAAUGUCAUCCAAAAGAAGUGAUUUUCAUGGGAAGAAUGGACCUGGACCAGGAGAUUAUGACCCUUAUAUUGAACCCUUAGUAAAAGCAGAAAACACAAAUAUGCACGAAGAAGAAACCAAACGCUACGAUGCACGAAUACCAAGAUAUCAUGAAGUUGUAACUUUAGAAGAAGAGAAAAGGUCUGUUCCUGGUCCAGGUAAAUAUGAUAUUAAAGGUCAGUUUGAUCCAUUACCUGCUAAAGUUAAUACUGAAGGUAUAGAAGUUGAACAUCCACCAUUUUUAUCUCAAUCCAAGAGAUUUCAACCUAUAAAAAAAGCAGUUCCAGCGCCAGGAACUUAUAAUGAUCCAAGAACUGCUUUAGAGAGUUUGCGUCGAGUCACAGGGUUAAAAAGAAGUCCAUUUUCACAGACAUCAAGCCGCUUUAAUAAUGAACAUCACAUACGAAAAAUACCAGGUCCAGGAAGUUAUAAUAUAGCAGGUAUGGGAUCAGAAAGCAUGAGAAAGGCGUAUCUACAGAGUACAAGAAGGGGAGUAUUUGGUACUACAUCUGCUCGUAUUCAAGUCUUGAAUAAGAAAGAAGACACAGAAAUCCCCGGACCAGCGCAUUAUCAAGUUAAAGAUAAACCAUAUACAACCCGCCUUCAACAAAUGACUUCAAAUUUCUCAUCUUUAAGCAACAGAUUAACUGAGCCACCAUCGGUAAUAAAGGAAAUUCCCCCUCCAGGUUCUUAUGAAGUUCACAAAUCUUACGUAAACUCUCAAAUAAAGCCCCAUAGAGCUAAGCCAAGGAAUGAAACGGCGAAGAAGAAACAUGGCUCCUUUAUGUCUGCUGCAUCAAGAUUUGCUCCGGCACGUAAUGUUAUAGCCGAACACCCAGAUCCAGAUGUACCAGGUCCUGGUGCCUACGAUAAUAAUGCAGACACAUUAACGAAGAAAGGAGGUUUAAUGGUAUCGAGAAAUAAAAGAUUCCAAAGUUUUAAAAAUGAAGCUCCGGGUCCAGGAACAUACGAGUUUUCACCUUUGAUACAAGACACAGUACUAAAAGGAACUUUUAAUUCUACACUGGGAAACCCCAUAGCACACAAGAUGGAGUCCAUUAACCCGGGAACUAUGGCUAAACAUACCUUCCUUUUAGGAAUGUAACAAUUAUAAGAAAAAUUUACCUUAUUGUGGAAUGAUUUUCACCUGAUAUAUAAAUUAACAGUUAAAAUUGUGAAUUGAUCUGAGCUUCAUGAUGUUUUAUUAAACUACAUGUACAAUCUGAUUAAAAUACAGAUCUUUAUUUCGUUUUGUUUUUUUAUACUUUCGAUGGCCUACACUACAUGAAGAUCUGACAAUAUAGCGAUAGGUCACAUAGGGGUCAAAAGACCGACUUAUGACCCUAUGAUGUCAGACAUUUGAUUAACCAAUCAGCAUUGAUGUUACUAGUGGAUUACCCACAGUUCCGUGCAGAACAGGCCUAAAGCUCGCCGUGACAGACCGUUUCAUUGGCUUAUCCCUGUCACCAUUCAGAACACAAGUUAAAUAACAACUCUUCCAGAUCCAAGUGUAGUAAAGACAAGUAAAACGAAAUUUUGAACUAUAAAAAUGAAACGAAAUAGGAUCUGUGUUUUAACCAGAUUGACUACAUGUAUUAACUCUCUCGAUUGUAAAUAACCUAAAGAGUAUAUAAAAUAUAAUAUAUAUAUUUAUAUAUACAUGUAGCUUUUAGAUUAUAUAUCAUGGAAUACUGUUCUUAAUACAUGUAUAUUUACCAUGAAGUAUUUUGUCAUUUUCAAUAUAUCAUAAAAGAAAAUGAGUCAGAAAAUGUUUUUUUAUGAGAAGAAUUAUGAUUGUUUUUGUAUUAAUGUUUAGUAAUGGUUGUAAGUAGGGGCCACCUACAGGAUAAAUAAACGGAAAACCAAAUACGACAUUGAGAUAUGAUUACUCACUGAUUUAUAUUCAGAUACUAUACUACAUGCAGUCAUGAAAAUAGCAUUAUAUAAUUGUUUUCACAUGCUAACAACUCAUUGGAGAAGUAUUUAAUUUAAGCUUACUUUAUUAGCUUUUUUUUUCGCAUAGAAAAUUAUAGAAUAAAAGACAGUUUAUUAUGAUUAUGAUAGAACUGAUAUUUAGCAAAAAAAAAUUUAUUUAGAAUAUCAUAAUGUCAAUUUUGAUAGGGGAAUAACUCUAAACUCCACAUUGUUGUUAUGCUCACAAUGUUUUUGUUUUCUUUUAUGAAUCUUGGAAAAGGCGUUUCAGCAGUAUUAGAACUAUGGUAGCUUUCAUGAAAUUGACUUCAGAUUUGAUUGUAAUAAUACACUUACUGCUGGUUGUUUUGUUUGAGGUGUUUUACCUAUAUAUUUUUUACAUAUUGUACAAAGAACUAUUGUCUGAAUAUAUGACUUUUUUAUUAUAAGUAAACUGUGAUAUUUAUUUUAUAGAGAAUUUAUUAGCUUUUAUUUGGGGCUGAUAUUUUGUGUAUAAAACUAGAAGAUAAUAUUGUUAUAUGAUAUGAGUACAUACAUACCAUAUUCAACCAAAUAAAUGCAACAUGACGCGAAAUGUAUGGGAUUGUGGGGCGGGGUUGCUCCGAGGUGCUGCAUAUUCCUUGUUAAAUUUAUUGUGCUUUCUUGAUUCAGUUUCUGAAAUAUAUUUAUUAAAUGCAUACCAUAUUCAACCAAAUAAAUGGAACAUGACUGGAAAUGUAUAGGAUUUGAUAAUGGGAGGGGGGGGGUCCGAGGCACUGCAUAUUUCUAGUUAAAUUUAUUGUGCGUACUGGAAUCGGUUUCUGAAAUAUAUUUAUUAAAUAUGAUUUACACACCUGGAUCAUCGGAGUAUUUAAUCGUGACUGCAUGCUCGUACUCUUGGUUAUUUAUGGUACUUGAUAUUAUAAUUACAUGAAAGUAUUGAAAAAAUGAGAAAUUAUCUUAGACAUAAGAUUUAAGAUUGUUGACUCAAAAGGAAAGUGGAGCUAUUAAUAUGUUGAGAUAAAAAGUCUAAAAUUUCAACUUGAAUGGUAAAAUAUGGCGGAGAUGGAAAAUUAUUAGGCUAAUUUGAAUUAUUAUAGGACUGGUUUAUUUCAAAGCCAUUAAGCUGUGUAUUAUAGUCUGUAUUGAUAAGCUAAUGUCCUGAUUCAUUUCAAGAAAAAUACAGGAAGAGAGUAUUAAUAAAGAAAAGAUUAAAUACUGUCUGGUGGCUUUUUGUGAUAAACAAAAGAAAAUGUUUAUAAUGGCAGCAUAUAUGCGAAUUUUGAAUUACUUCUACAACAUAAAAUGCACAUAUUCAAUGAUUAUAUUUCUUUAUAUAUACCGGGAAAUAUAAAGCAGCAAUUUAAAAUUUAAAAAUUUGCACAUAUUCAAUGAAUGUAUUUUAUUAUAUAUACCCCGUAAAAUUAACCAGCAAUUUAAAAAUCUGAAAGUCUAGAAGAAAAGAAAUUUUGAAGCAAUGUUAGAAUAAAAAAGUGUAUACAUUAACAUAGAUUUGGUUUAAAAUGUAUACAUUAACAUAGAUUUGGUUUGAACAAAAAAAAAGGUGUGGGUUUAAUAAACUGACCUUUUCCAAAUUGAAAAAAUUUGAGCAGUUAAUUCAGUAUGAUUCACUGAUUUAAUAUAACACUGAUCCAGAAUACAUGAUAUGAAAAUUAUAAAAUCAGAAAUUGAAACUCUCACAAAAACGAAAAGUAUUCUUUAGGCAUGAGUCAUCUCUAUUUUUCUAGAGAUAUGUUCAUCUUGACCAAAUCUAUGUUAUCUUUUGGCACUAUAUAAAACAGGUGAUACAUGCUUCCACUUUAUCAAAGUAACCACCACAUUCUGCUGAGAUGGUUUGAUUUUUGUUUUGUUUUGAUCAGUUAUUGUACAUCUUUUAUCAUACAAGAAUGUUACUGGCAGUAUAUUUAGCUUUUCUUCUUGUCUUUCGUUUUUCGUAAGCUUUAAAUAUAUCAGCAUUAUAUUGAUAGAUAUCAGGAUUCAGGAAUGUAGCAUGAUGUAUGUUUUGUACCAAUAAAACUGUUCAAGUCUAAA